UUCCCACCACGUGCAAAGCGAUACACAGCAGCCAUGCCGAUUGUCAAGAACUACCUGAGGUAUGGCCCGGAGGCCAGCUAUGGCGUGAUCGCCAGUGCAGAAGCCAAUGGUGUGAUCCUCGCACCAACGUUGGUGGCCAUGCCUGCGCUGCAGGAUGUCCUCAUCUGGUGCACCAAGACUGGCACCGUGGCGAAGCGCCUGUCCGACGGAAAUCACGUUGUGACAUGCAUGUGCAAGAGCCCAACACAGCAGCAGCUCGCCGUGGGUUACCACAACGGUGAUAUCCAGAUCUGGGACUACGUGACUGGAGAGUCGGUUGUCUUGUUCAGUGGUCAUCGCUCUGCUGUGACCUGUCUCAGCUUCAGUGAGUCUGGCACAAAUCUCGUUUCUGGCAGCCAAGACACAGAUGUCAUUGUCUGGGACGUCAUCAACGAGUCAGGCGUGUUCCGGCUGCGCGGGCACAAGGGCCCCGUACACGCUGCCCGACUGUUGGAGAAGAGGAAUCUGCUCGUGAGCUGUUCCCGCGAUUCUCUCGUCAAGUUCUGGGAUCUCGAUACCCAGCACUGCGUCCACACCAUCAUCGCACACCGCGCAGAGGUGAACGAUUUCAUUCUGUUGAACAACGAGGAGCGGAUCAUCACCGCCAGCGCCGACGAUCAGCUCCGCGCCUGGGACAUCACGUACCGCAAGGCGUUUGCAAAGUCAGCGCUCGUUGCUGCGGACAUGAGUGGCCAGGACGGUGCCGAUGACCAUGGUGAUGCUGAUGGCGAUGAGGUUCAGCAAACGAAGAAGGCAAAAACGGAGGAUGUGGACGUGAGUGCAUCUCCCAUCACGACAACACAAGUUGGCGCACUGACGAAGAAAGGAACAGGGCGUGCCAUUCAUCUUCUCGUCACCCCCGAUGAGAAGUGUAUCAUUUGCCAGAGCGCCGGCAAGGGCGUUGACACGUUCCGGAUCCGAACGGCUGCCGAGCUGCACAAGAGGAAAGCGCGGAAGCUCAAGCGACAGAAGGAAAAGGGGAACAAGGAGAUCAAGGCAGUUGAGCUGACGAUGAGCGACAUGUAUCCCCACGCGGGCCUCAUCACGUGCUCCAGCCCCGUGCGCAGCAUCGACGUCCGCGCGGCGGGUCCCGACACGUACAGCAUGCUCGCUGCUCUCGGCAGCAACGCCUUUGAGGUGUACGCCCUGAACCGCACCGCAAAGGGCGUCACGUCCUCCCGUGCCUCGUUCCUCUCCCUCCCCGGACACCGCAAACCCAUUCGCGCAAUUUGCGUGAGUUCGGACGCGGCGCUCGUCCUUACCACAUCCAACAGCACAGCAAAGCUCUGGAACAGGAUAACCGGGCAGUGCAUUCGGACGCUGUAUGACGCCGGGUAUGGCGUGAGCUGCGCGUUUGUUCCUGGAGACAGACAAGCCCUGAUUGGCACCAAGGAGGGCGAGCUGAAGCUGUAUGACCUGGCGUCUGGGGACUGUCUGCAGGUUGAGGACGAUGCACACGCGCAAGCAAUCUGGAGCAUCUCCCUCUCCCCUGAUAAGCAAGGGUUCAUCACGGGAUCGGCGGACCAGACGGUCAAAUUCUGGCAGUUUGAGCUCAUCCAGUCAGAGGACAAAAUGCGGAAAACGCUUGCAAUUGAGCACACGAAGACGCUACAGAUGACGGACGAGGUGACGUGCGCGUGCUUCAGUCCCGACUCCCGGCUCCUCGCCAUUGCGCUCCUCGACUCAACCGUCAAGGUGGUGUAUGCGGACACGCUGAAGCCGUUUCUCUCUCUUUACGGCCACAAACUUCCCGUGGUGACAAUGGACAUCUCCAGCGACAGCACCAUCCUCGCCACAGGCUCCGCUGACAAGAACGUCAAAGUCUGGGGUCUCGACUUUGGCGAUUGCCACAAGUCCUUCAGGGCGCACCAGGACACGGUGACGUCGGUGUGCUUUGCGGGCACGACGCAUUAUCUGUUCAGCACAAGCAAGGACAACGACGUGAAGCAGUGGGACUGCGACAACUUCCGCCUGAUUCAGACGCUGGAAGGCCACCACGGCCCAAUCAGCUGCAGUGCAAUUUCUCCCCGCGGCGAUGUGCUUGUGACAGGAUCACAUGACAAGUCGAUCCGGACGUGGGUGCGCACGAAGGAGAUGCUGAACGUGGAGGAGGAAGCGGCGAUGGCGCGCGAACAGGAGUACGACGAGCAGCAGGCUGAGCAGGAGGCACGGGAGUACCGAGCAAAGUCUGGCGAUGAGGAGGUCGGUGUUGCCGGGAAGCGCUCGCUGGAGACACUCAAGGCCGCGGAGAAGCUGAUGGAGGCUGUGCAGCUGGCGAAGGACCACGACGACAAGGGGCCAGGCGCGCCGGCACACCCCAUGUUCCUCGCCCACCGCGUCAGCAGUGGCGCACAGUUUGUGCGCGUGAUCAUGGACAAGACGCCUUCAAGCGAGUUGGAGCAAGCGCUGAUGCUGCUACCAUUUGCUCUCGUCCCUACGCUGCUCUCAUACCUCCUCGCCUUUGCAAAGGCCGAGCAAUCUGUGGAGAAGACUGCGCGUGCGGUUGUGUUUCUGCUGCGUCUGCACCACAGCCAGCUCAUUGCCACGUCGCAGCACCUCGACCUCAUCGCAAAGCUCCAGGCAGAGCUUCCACACGCGCUCUCAGAACUGAAGAACAUGGUUGGCUUCAACCUUGCUGCUCUUCGCUUCCUGCGGCGGCAACUGGAAGAGCAAACACAGGUGUAUAUGUAGGGUGGGGCUCUUGCUUCUCGGUGUUUGCGUGCGUGAAUGCAUGUGUUAACGUGCUCAAAGAUGCGUUGUUGGUGUUUGUUGGCAUUGUGUAAAAACAGUGAACAAAACGACAA